AACUGGGACUGGGACCUCUCCUGGAGGCCUAGCGAUAGAAAGCUCUAGACUGCUCGAACGCAGCCUGAAGGCUGCGCUGGGUUUUGAGGCCUCCACCUCCCCGUCUGGAAAAUGGUCAGGAAGCUCUACGGCCUCGCCUGGCAGCACCGGACUGCUGUGAGCAUCCGCCGGGAGGAAACGCUCGGCCCACAGGACACCAGGGGAAUUGGCGUUAAACUUCGCGGGGCACACGGGCCGCGGCUGGAGAAGGAGGUUGGCCCUGGGGCGCGGCGGCCCCUCUCCCUGCGGCCCGCCCGCCUCCUCCCUCCCUCGUCGCACUCGCUCGGCACAGACUCGGCCCCAGCCCCCUCCCUCCUCCCGCUCGCUCCCCGCUAGCUCGCUUGCUCGCUCGCUCGCCGGCUCCUCCUCACUCGCCCGCCCGCGCCCGGCGCUGCUCGGCCAGAGCGAUCGCGGGGCUGAGCGCGCGUCCGCCCGGGGGGCUCCGGCGGCUGCCCCGGCCCCCGGCCCCCUCCCUCGCCCCGCCUGCCCUGCGCGCUCGCCGCCUCCCCGCUUCCCGGCUCCCGCGCCGUCAGCCUGCCCGCAGCCCGCGGCCCCGAGCCCCCCGCAGCCACGAUGCCCGCGGCCCGGCCGCCCGCCGCGGGACUCGGCGGGACCUCGCUGCUCCUCGCCCUGCUCCUGGGGAGCCCCGCGGCAGCUCUGGCAGGAGAUGCAUCCCAGGAAGCAGAUAUUGGCCCUUCUGGUGCUUCCCUUCUACCCUCCAGAGCUCUGGGGAGCAGCAGUCUGAACAAAGAGAGCCUUGAAGAGAGGGUGACUACUGCCCCUCUGAAUCCAGUGCAGUCGGGGGAAGAUCUUCGAGAGCCAGGGCUGGAAGAGGAAGCCCCCUCAGCCGCCCUCUCCACGAGGCUGCCGGAGGAGACCGCCACCAAGCACACCCUCCCCUUCGGGAAGAAGCUGCCUUCGCUCAAGCAGGUGAACUCCGCCAGGAAACAGCUGCGGCCCAAAGUCACCUCCACGGCAGCGGUUCAGAGGACAGUGUCCUCCCCUGCCUCCUUGGGCCUGGGCAUCCUCUCUUCCUCCCCCACUGAGAAGCCCCACCCCCCGGGAGACCCUGAGCCCGCUGCCUCCGAGGAGCCCCUCUGGCUGGACCAGAAAGCAGGUGCAGUCCCCACGACACCCGCACCCCUGCAGAUCUCCCCCUUCACCUCACAGUCCUAUGUGGCCCACACCCUCCCCCAGAGGCCAGACCCUGGGGAGUCUGCGGUGCCUGAUGAUGCCCCUGAGGCUCCCCCCGAAGAUGCCAGUCCCAUAACCUUGAUGGACAAAGGUGAGAACGAACUGACCGGGUCAGCCUCAGAGGAGAGCCAGGAGACCACGACAUCCACCAUCAUCACCACCACGGUCAUCACAACUGAGCAGGCCCCCGCUCCCUGCAGUGUGAGCUUCUCUGAUCCCGAAGGGUACAUUGACUCCAGUGACUAUCCACCACUGCCCCUCAGCGGCUUCCUGGAGUGUACGUACAACGUGACGGUCUACACUGGCUACGGUGUGGAGCUCCAGGUGAAGAGCGUGAACCUGUCUGAUGGUGAGCUGCUCUCCAUCCGCGGGGUGGACGGUCCCACCUUGACUGUCCUGGCCAACCAGACUCUCCUGGUAGAGGGACAGGUUAUCCGAAGUCCCACCAACACCAUCUCUGUCUACUUCCGGACCUUCCAGGACGAUGUCCUUGGAACCUUCCAGCUGCACUAUCAGGCCUUCAUGCUGAGCUGCAAUUUUCCUCGCCGGCCCGACUUCGGGGAUGUCACAGUGAUGGACCUGCACCCGGGUGGGGCGGCCCACUUCCACUGCCACCUGGGCUAUGAGCUCCAGGGCGCCAAGACGCUGACUUGCAUGAAUGCCUCCAAGCCUCACUGGAGCAGCCAGGAGCCCAUCUGUUCAGCCCCUUGUGGAGGGGCUGUACACAACGCCACCAUUGGCCGGGUCCUCUCCCCAAGUUACCCAGGAAACACCAACGGGAGCCAGUUCUGCGUGUGGACAAUUGAAGCUCCGGAGGGCCAGAAGCUACACCUGCACUUCGAGAGGCUGUCAUUGCAUGAGAAGGACAGGAUGAUGGUCUACAGUGGCCUGAUCAACAAGUCUGCUCUUCUCUAUGACUCCCUCCAAACUGAGAAUGUCCCCUUUGAGGGUCUGCUGAGUGAGGGCAACAGCAUCCGCAUUGAGUUCACAUCUGACCAGGCGCGAGCAGCCUCAGCUUUCAACAUCCGGUUCGAGGCCUUUGAGAAAGGCCACUGUUAUGAGCCCUACAUUCAAAAUGGGAAUUUCACCACAUCCGACCCAACCUACAACAUCGGGACCAUUGUGGAGUUCACGUGCGACCCUGGCCACUCUCUGGAGCAGGGUCCAGCCAUUAUUGAGUGCAUCAAUGUGCGGGACCCGUACUGGAAUGACACAGAGCCCUUGUGCAGAGCCAUGUGUGGUGGGGAACUCUCUGCCGUGGCCGGGGUGGUGCUGUCCCCAAACUGGCCAGAGCCAUAUGUGGAAGGUGAAGAUUGUAUCUGGAAGAUUCACGUAGGGGAGGAGAAACGGAUCUUCUUAGAUAUCCAGUUCCUGAACCUGAGCAACAGUGACAUCCUGACUAUCUAUGACGGCGAUGAGGUCAUGCCUCACAUCUUGGGGCAGUAUCUUGGGAACAGUGGUCCCCAGAAGCUGUACUCAUCCACACCGGACUUAACUAUCCAGUUCCACUCAGACCCCGCUGGCCUCAUCUUUGGGAAGGGCCAGGGAUUUAUCAUGAACUACAUAGAGGUGUCAAGGAAUGAUUCCUGCUCAGACUUGCCAGAGAUCCAGAACGGCUGGAAAACCACUUCUCAUACAGAGCUUGUGAGAGGAGCCAGAAUCACCUACCAGUGUGACCCAGGCUACGACAUAGUGGGGAGCGACACCCUCACCUGCCAGUGGGACCUCAGCUGGAGCAGCGACCCCCCAUUUUGUGAGAAAAUUAUGUACUGCACUGACCCCGGGGAAGUGGACCACUCGACCCGCUUAAUUUCAGAUCCUGUGCUGCUGGUGGGCACCACCAUCCAAUACACAUGCAAUCCAGGUUUUGUGCUGGAAGGGAGCUCUCUUCUGACCUGCUACAGCCGCGAGACUGGCACACCCAUCUGGACGUCACGCCUGCCCCACUGCGUCUCCGAGGAGUCCCUGGCAUGUGACAACCCUGGCUUGCCCGAAAACGGCUACCAGAUCCUGUACAAGCGGCUCUACCUGCCGGGAGAGUCCCUCACCUUCAUGUGCUACGAAGGCUUUGAGCUCAUGGGCGAAGUGACCAUUCGAUGCAUCCUGGGACAGCCAUCCCACUGGAACGGGCCUCUACCCGUUUGUAAAGUUAAUCAAGACAGCUUUGAACACGCAUUAGAAGUAGCAGAAGCGGCAGCUGAGACAUCGCUGGAAGGGGGAAAUAUGGCGCUGGCUAUCUUCAUCCCAGUGCUCAUCAUCUCCUUACUGCUGGGAGGAGCCUACAUUUACAUUACCAGGUGUCGUUAUUACUCCAACCUCCGCCUGCCUCUGAUGUACUCCCACCCCUACAGCCAGAUCACCGUGGAAACUGAGUUUGACAACCCCAUUUACGAGACGGGAGAAACCAGGGAAUAUGAAGUUUCCAUUUAAGGAGAGCUAUGCCUGAGAAGAGAGCUCACAAAUCAGAACUCAACUAUAACCUCCUCGAGAAAUUCAUCCAGAGACCACGUGGCAUUUGAUUGAAACCCCAGAAUGUUGUCCGUCUUUUCUUUAGACUUUUUCUUGAAGAUUCACUGUUUUCUUCACUGUAUUUAUUAUAUUUAAAGUCGAAAUUGGUGUGGUUGGAGGUGUCACAGCUGCGGCCACAAAUCCACGUGACAAUCUCCUUUCCAAAGUCAGGGGGGUGACCUGAAAAAUAACCAACAUGGCAGCAAAGGCGGGAGGGAAAAAAAAAAAAGCAGCUGGGUUUCUCCAUCAGCGGUGGCCAUGCUGCUCUGGCUGCAUCAGAUGGCACGCAUUUGGGGAUCCAUGCCCAUGGUGCUUUUAGGACAAAUCCCGGACUCAGGAUUAGGUGGGAAAGGUAUCUCUUGGUGGAUUAACUUGGGUCGGACUUCAGGUUCUAGAUCUGCUCCAAAACAAAUACCAGUCUGCUCUUCCAAAUGUUCUAUCAGCUUCUAGAAGGUCUCGCCACCUCCUCUCCUUCCCAUGAUCCUCCUGAAGGUGCCCACAGCGUGACCAUGAGCGUUUUCAUCUGCCAGCCUGGCCUCCCUGGAUGCUGGCAGAAUCAGAAAACAUUGCAGAGUGGAUGACAGAUUUGAGAAUUCAGAUGGAGUGCGAGGUGGGUGUGGGGGGAACAUCGAGUCAGUAAAAUGUCCUUUCCUCUGACACUCCACCAGUAAUGAAAGGGAAGGGAACAUAUGCUACGAGUGCCAGAACCAAUCCUUUCGUUCAGCAGCCCCACCCCCACCCCAAGCUGUGAUCUAGGACCCUUUGGGAAGCUUCAGCCACAUAAUUACAAGGGUUACAAUUGUUGGGGGGGGGGAGGUUACAAGGGUUACAAUUGUGGCGAUGCCAGGUCCUGAAAUCCAGAGAUGGGCUCGGUUUGAUUUCCGGGAAACUGAAACCCCUGAGGCCUCCAAAGAAGGGCAACUCAGAUGCACCGUUUCUCCAAAAGGGGCCGGAAUAUACUUGCAAUCCAGUAUUUCAGAAGUGAGGGUCCUACGAGGGAAAAAAAACAAAAAACAAAAAACUGUUUUGUUCCUCUCCAAAUCUCUGCCCAGAUGUUGGAGGGGGGUACGCAGGCUGUGACCAUGGAAAAAGAUUCUAUAAUACAGGUGCAAAGAAAAAGCAGUGGCUGAGGACGCAAGGAAGGGAUAGCAUGUGUAAAGUCGAUUUGCCUCCCUGGGGUCCAUCACCUCCCUGGUGAUGGCCCGUGGCUCACAGAGGAACAGGCUUGGUGCUUGGGGUGCCCACUUUGGCACCCACCCACGCUCGCUAGAAAUGUUUUAUAUCAGCUGGUUUCCUGACACAAGAAACCCUUCCUGGCUGCCAUGCUGUUGAGAAAAUGGCUGGGAGUCCGUAUUUUGGUAGCUCAUCUGGGCAGCCCUGGAGCAGGGUAGGGCGGCUGGUUUUGACAAACACAUCGUCUCCUCUUGGCUAGAAGCUUGGGCUUCAGUCUUGGGGGAGCUGAGGCCCAGUUCUUUCCUUCUGCCAGAAAAGAAUCCUGCUUAUAUACUCCUUAAGGCAUGCAAGAGAUAAUGAAAGGCUGCUUUCCAGCCACCCAAAACCCACCCCAUUUUAUGCAAAAAAAAAAAAAAAAAAAAAAAAAAGAGUAGACUCAUUCCAGACCAUUAGUAAGCAAUAUCGUAUUUGGAGAAGGUCCAACAAUGCAAAUAAUAGUAAACUUUUUUUUUUUUUUUUUUUUUUUUUAAAGCAGAAUCCACUCCUUGCUUUUACUUCCAUUUGAUGCUUAUUCUAACCCUAACCCUGGGUCAUCUGGAAGGAAGAACUCUAUUAAUGAUAUUUAAUUUUAGAACAUACUCUGGAUACGUGCAAACUAAACAUCCACCUUUUGUCAAGACAGACAGAAUAUGAAAUCUUGAUUCUAACCGUGUUCCCUAAAAGUGGCCAGGCCACAGGCCAAGAGUCCUUAUUGGAUGUUGGAGGAAUAGAAAAGGUGUUGUUUGUUUGUUUGUUUGUUUGUUUGUUUCGGGAUACUGGUGUCUUAGUUUCGUCUUCGUAGUACAGCACCUAUGACCAUGUUUUGAAAGUUUAUUUUCACCUAAAGAUGGAUCCUGUGAGCUUGGUAAUGUACAGUGUGAUUGAAAAGACAGGUUGGCAUCUGUUUUUCUUUUUAGAAUAUCUGAAUGUGUAUUUGUAAUAUGUAAAGGUAAAAACACAAUAUUCGUGCCAAAAAUGUACUGGGCACCUCAUUUCAGCUCAUACGUGUCUGUUUUUAUAAGAUCAAUGUCAAAACCCCUUGGGAUUAAAUAUUUUUGAACAGGAUACAACCUUGAGCAACUCGAGAGCCAACCAAACCUUCCUACAAGCCACUCUUUCUUUUUAAAACAGUGGGGAAAUACGUUUACAGAGAUCUCGAGCUUCAAAGAAUGCAUGUGAUGGUGUGUAUUACAUGCUAAGUCAUAUAAGCUGUAUCUGUCAGCUACCGCCCUGUGCUUUAAAAAUGCACACACUCGAUCCUCUUCAGCUUGGAGCUCGUCUUUUUGCUUUUUUUUGGGGGGGGGCGUAGAAUUAUUAAGCCGACAUAAGUAUGCUGGUUGCAACUUGAGGGCCAUCCCUCCUUAGUUCCAUAGACCUGCUUUAAAUAUGAUCUUUUGAAGCCAGCUCCUUGGAAAGCCUCUGGUAACUCAGGCUGAUCGCUUUGGAAACUGACAAACUGCCCAGCAGGAAGUAAAGUGGAGACAUAAUAAGGAUGGGUUGUAUAAGCAGGAGUGAGUUGGCAAAUAGAUGGGUAGAUUUAGGCUGAGCAUGAGCCUCGGGCACAAAUGACAUUUCUUGGGGUGUAAAUCCAAAGGGUAUGACUUUCCUAUGCCCUUGAGAAGUCACAGCGGGGAGGGGGCAGUCAUGUGAGGUCAGAUGUCAUGGAGUUGUUCAACACCCUCAAAGGUAGGCUUUCUCCUGGGACGUUUUCAUUUUCAUUUUAUCCCCAAACAGAAUAAAAAGCAGAACAAACUUUCUAAGCUACAAUAAUGAAGUUAAGUCAUUUUCCACUUUGUAUAUAUUGAUGCUAAUAAAACAAAUGAAAAAGA